UUAUCUCAGAAAUUAACUUCUCUCUGCUGCUGCUGCAUUAUUAUGAAGCUAACUCAUGUCUGCCACUUUAUUAACAGCCGUAUUGGCUCAGUUUUAUCAAUCAAAACUUGUCUGUAUUUCCAUUACAUUUUUUUUUUGUUAAAAUAUAACUCAACUAAUACUAUACUAUAUUUUUUUAACUUCUUCCUAACUUUAAUGAUACCAUAGGAUAGAAGCAGCAUAGUCACGUUCUUAAAGUUGAAUACUUUUUAAAAGAAUCAUAUUAAAGAAGACUUGACCCGUGUGUGCCAACCGCUUCUUCAUCUAUAUAUAUAAAGGCUCCUUAUACUAGGGAGUUUACCACCAAAAAUACUUGUUAUUUUUAAUAGUCUCUCUAUUUAUUAUACAAUUUCCUUUCCAAGAAAGUCUAAAACCCCACCUCCCAUAUCACAGACACAACAAAAAUAAGCAAUAAUAUAAUGUCUUUUUCUUAUGCUAAAAACUGUUUGCAACGGUUUUGUGUGGAUGAGUUCCAAAUGAAUACAGAAACCAAUAAUGGUUUCUUCUCAAAUGAUCUUCUCCCUUCUCUUGGAGCUAGAAUCAAUUAUGCUACAAAGCUUCGAAAAUUCAUCAUUUCGCCUUUCAAUCCCCGCUACAGGUGUUGGGAGAUGUUUCUAGUUGUUUUGGUCAUAUACUCAGCCUGGAUUUCUCCAUUUGAGUUUGCAUUCUUGUCAUACAAGGAAGAUGAUGCUCUAUGCAUCAUUGACCACAUUGUUAACUGCUUCUUUGCUAUUGACAUUUUCCUUACCUUCUUCGUUGCGUAUCUUCAUCGAGAGUCCUAUCUUCUUGUUGAUGAACCUAAGAAAAUUGCAAUAAGGUACUUGUCAAGUUGGUUCAUAUUUGAUGUAUGCUCCACUGUACCAUUUCAAUCAUUGAUCCUCCUCUUCACGGAUCACAAAGAAAGCGGUGGCGUUGGCUUCAAGUUGCUCAGCAUGCUCAGACUAUGGCGUCUCAGACGAGUCAGUGCCCUGUUUGCAAGACUUGAGAAGGACAUCCGGUUUAACUACUUCUGGACGCGAUGCACAAAACUCAUAUCAGUAACAUUGUUUGCAGUGCACUGUGCUGGAUGCUUUAACUAUAUGAUUGCAGAUAGAUAUCCUGAUGCCAAAAAAACAUGGAUUGGUGCUGUAAAUCCUGAUUUCAAGAAAGAAAGCGUUGGCGACAGAUAUAUAACUUCACUAUAUUGGUCUAUUGUAACUAUGACAACAACCGGUUAUGGGGAUUUGCAUGCUGAGAACUCAAGGGAAAUGUUGUUUGAUAUCUUUUACAUGUUAUUCAACUUGGGAUUGACUUCUUACAUCAUUGGAAACAUGACUAAUCUUGUUGUUCAUUGGACCAGCCGCACCAGAAACUUUAGGGAUACAGUGAAAGCAGCUCAAGAAUUUGCGAAAAGGAAUCAGUUGCCUCCAAGGGUACAAGAUCAGGUUUUAUCCCACAUAUGUCUCAAGUUCAGAACUGAAGCAUUGAAACAAGACGAAACUCUCAACGGCCUGCCCAAAGCUAUCCGAACAAGCAUUGCUCACCACCUGUUUUUUCCUAUAGUUCAAAAUGUCCGUUUAUUCCAAGGUGUUUCGCCAAACCUACUUUUCCAACUGGUUCCUGAAAUGGAAGCUGAAUACUUUCCGCCCAAGCAAGACGUGAUUUUGCAGAAUGAGGCUCCAACAGAUUUGUAUAUAAUAGUUUCAGGAGCAGUGGAACUGAUAGCACAAAUUGAAGGGCUAGAGCAAAUAAUUGGAAAGGCUGUUGCAGGAGAUCUAUUUGGAGAAAUAGGUGUUUUAUGUGGGAGACCACAGCCAUUUUCUGUUCGAACUACUGAGAUUUCUCAAAUUCUACGGCUAAACAGGACAGCAUUGAUGAACAUUCUCCGCGCAAAUCCAGAAGAUGAACGGAUAGUUAUGAACAAUCUUUUGCUGAAUCUGCAGGGAUUCGGAGGCUUUGGUUAUGUGGACCACCAAACAAAUGGAGGGCCAGAUAUUAAAAGGCAUCAUGAUACAGCACUGACUAGCAUAGAUAUCAACAAUUUGGAAGCUAGAGUUAAGAAGCAAGAGGGAGAUGAUGUACAAGAAGUAAACGAAAGCAUGAAUGAUUUGUCAUUAAAUCUUGAAAAUAAGAGGGAACAAAAUGAGCAGAAAGUUGAGCUCAUUGGACCAGAUGAUAAGGGAACAAAGAGCUGUCAACUGAACCCUGAGGUCCCCUGUUGUUCUAAAUCUUGUAGUACCAUUUCAAGUGGUUCUAAAGUGACAAAAUCCACCAAUAAGAGAGUCACCAUUCACAUGCAAAAGAAAGAAUCAUUGCAUCACCAGUUUGGGAAGCUAAUAAUUCUACCUGAUUCACUAGAAGUGCUAUUCAGAGUAGCAGGUCAAAGAUUUGGAGGCUACAAUUUCAAGAGAGCUGUAAAUGCAGAGGAUGCUGAAAUAGAUGACAUUGAUGUCAUCAGAGAUGGCGACCAUUUAUUUUUCCUUUAGCAUGAAUGCUUGAGCAUUGAAUAUAAUCCUAAAGGAAAAUUAUCAGAAAUUUAGAGAAUGCUCAGAGGAUAAAAGCAAUUGUAUAUUGAUCUCAUUUUGUAAAUGUUAGGCUAAAUGAUCAAUCUUUGUAUCUCCAAAGGGAGAAAUCAAAAUUGCAAAUUAAUACAUCAGUUUCAAGAA